CUCUCUCUCUCUCUCUCUCUCUCUCUCUCUCUCUUUCUCGCUCCCAGUGGGAAAACAUUUCACCCCAUGAUUUCCUACGGAAGGAAAUCUGUAAAAAGCCUGCAGUUUCGACCUUGUCCUUCGUGAAAUUACUCCGUGUCACACGCCGUCGUGAAAUCCCUCAGGUCGUGUAUGUUUUCGCGGUGCCGAGUGCGAAGUGCAAAACAACGAGUCGAUAUAUCGAUUCAUUUCCGAUAAUAUAUUACCUCCCAUGGCGAUAACGUGUGUGUGUGUGCGCGUAUAUACGUAAACGUAUGGCGUAAACGCGUAUCCGCGCUGGUUGAUCCCCUAUCUCGAUGUAUCGAGUAUCGCAUUUAACACGCCGUCCAAAUUAUCCAUGGCGUGGGGCACGCGCGAAAAAAAAAUACUGCUCUCGCGUUCGACGACAAUGAUGUAUCGAUCGUUGCACGCGCCCGUCGCCAGAAAUAACUGCAACGGUAAUCACUUUUAAUCAGGCGAAAGCAAUUUUAACAUUUAUUAUACUCCCAACAAUUUUUCCCAACACGGUACAGGCGUGCGUGGAGAAAAAAUUUUACGUGUGUAGAAAAAUUUAUUUCCAAAGGGGGACGAGAUACAGCGGGCGAUCGUUGUGAUAUUCUAAUUCUGAUUUAAUGACGACUUAAUUGAAGUCGAGGCAACUUUUCCGCGCGCGUGAUAAGUGUGUCACUGUUUGCUCAUUCGACCGCGACGAUCAAGCGGACGUAAUCGCCAGCUAUACCGAGAAACCACAAAGAUUCCAGAAAACAAACGUUGGGUGUCUCAACGGGUUUUCGAGCCGAGUUCACUUUGCUCGCUUGGAGCGAAAUUGCGAAACACGUUAAAACGUUAUCUCGGUUAAAAUAUUUGCAUGCGCAGAUAUGCAGGGACAGAGAUAAGAACAUACGCGUGAUUAAUGCGUAUUUGUUUUCUUUCUCUCUACUCGUGCUCUCGCUUUGUGUAAUUGACUCGAAUGCCAAUUAGCAUUUCGCGACACGAGGUGUAUUCCUACGCGAGAAUUGCGCGUUUUCGCGCGAGCGCAACGCCGACGCGCGAGACUCGUCUCGCUUGUGGGUCGAGUCGACUUGCCGCCCUUAUUGUCGCGUUCACACGGACCGCAAAUACGGGAGAAUCACACCGACGCACACCGACGUCUGCGUCUCCCUUAGUGCGAGUGCAACGAAGCAGGGUGCACGACCCGGCUCCGGACGGCGAUGAUGUAGAGCGAGCCGCCGUGUAUUUCUAGAGCAGCCGGCUCAAGAAUAGAACGAAGGAUGCCAGCAGCUGGUGCAGCCGUGCCGGCCGUUGCCGAAGCUGGAGCCGGUCAGCUGGAGGACCUGGACGAACCACCGGAACCACGUGUUCGGGGUGGUAGCGGACGAGCCGGCUUGAUGAAACCCCUGGUGGUGUUAGCCCUACCCGGAAUGUACCUCUUCUACAAGUACAGCCAGUACAGGCGGGAGCAGCGCGAGUUAUCCCGCAGAAGAGUGACCGAGAGGGAACUUCAACAUCUUCAUCACAAAAUCGACAAGUUGCUGACGAAACUAGAGGAGAACGAGCCGGAAUUGGCGUCUUCGCAGGAAGAUGAGUGCGUCAUAUGCGUGAAUGCGAGAGCAACGAUGCAAACAGCGCCAUGUGGGCAUCGAGUGGUGUGCAGACGCUGCUUCGUCAAGACGAUACAAAUGGCGGUAUCUCAGAGGCUUUUGCCGCUCAGAUGCGUCAUAUGCCGAGCGAAGAUCCUACGGCUGAAGCAGACUCUCAUUCCGCGCGAUUAUUCGAUGUCGGGUAAAUCCUGGGUGCUCCCUCAAAGCGCGUCAGAGUACAACAUGGGCACUGGCGUAACCGUCGGCGUGUCCGGGCCUGGUGGCAGAUGGGGAACCGGAAGCGUACCAGCCUCUGCCUCUCUAUACUCGAUGGCCAGCGGUUCGUCCUCCAUUUCUGGAGUGUCUUCCGUCUCUUCGGCAACUUCCUCGUCCGCGAAUAGCACCGGAAGUUCCACUCUCGGCAAACCGACGAGGGUACGGCAACCCACAGGCGCCACUCUCAGACGUUCCCAGGCGCAAUCGAUGAAGAUGCGAAUUCAGGAGUACCAGGAUCCGGUUCAACAGGUCGCUGAAGAGGAGGAGAUCUUGCGGGAGAAUCGAGAGCGCCGAUUGCCGCCGAUCAAGGAAUUUCAGAGGGACUAUCGCGCUGGCAAGGCCUCCACUAGAAUCAGAUGCGCCCAGAAGAUCGUGACGCAAUUGGAAACGUCGCCGAGCCCGAGAGGCACAUCCGCCGUUACAACAUCGACGUCGUCGGCGUCGUCGUGCGGCCGCGCCGCGUCCAAGCGACCGGCCUCGGUGCCCAAGAUGUCUGUGGUCCAAGAGGUGCAGAAGUCGAAGAAGGAGAAAGAACGGGAGAAGGAGCGAGAGAAGGCGGAGAAGGCGCGGCAAAAGGAAGAGGAGAAGGCGGAGAAGACUAGACAGAAGGAAGCGAAGAAGCUGGCGAAAGAGGAGAAGAAAAGAGCGAAGAAAGAGGCGAAGGCUAGACGGAAGGAAGCCGAGGAGGCCCUCCUAAGGGAGAAUGAGAAGUAAGGGUCUGACUGAUUGCGUGAGAAUUUUGAGAGAGGUGUCGAAACAGACACACUCCCGAUGAGUCU